GCACUCUUGGCACGAAAUAAAACGCUGAGUGCCCGAUAACACCGAUUCAGACGUUUCUGUAAAUCGGUCGAAGAACUAAGGAAUAGUCCGCUGUGGUCAGUAAUAAUAAUUAUUAAUACAACCGCACCGAAGACGAAAGAAAUAAACAUGAGUGCCAGCAAAAUAGUAUUGUGUAUAUUUUUGGCAGCUACAUUAGCCAUUGCUACAGCUACACCUAUAGGAUUUAUCGGUAUUAGCAGUGGUUACGGUGGUGGUUAUGGAGGUGGAUAUAACAAUGGAUAUCACGGAGGAUAUGGAGGUCAUCGAGGAGGUUAUAAUAACUAUGGAGGCAGCUAUGGAGUAGGUGUCGGAAUUGGUUUCACUGGAGGUUACAGUGGCUAUGGUCAACAAGGAUACGGUGGUUACGGCUACAAUAAUGGAUACGGUUACAAUAGUGGAUACGGUUACAAUAGUGGAUACGGUAAUAGGGGCGGAUACUAUGGGGGCAAUCAAGGUUAUGGACAUGGUUACGGACACGGCUAUGGAAAUGGAUACUACUAUUAAUAAUCAUUAAACAUCGCAAAAUUUCCUUCUAAAUCAAACAGUUUUAUGUUUUUUUUUUUUUUUUUGUUAAAAUGUAUACUUAUUUAUAA